GCCAUUUUGGUUCAAGCCGCCCACCAGCGGGCGAAACCCUUGUUGCUCAAGCACGCUAGAUAUGUCCCGUUGUGCGACUGGAGGUUCUUUCCGCCGUGGAGCUUGAGAAUGGCUCGGGAGGGCACGCCAGUGGAUCGUCCCAGGAAAACGGCAGCGGAGCGCAACGCUGGACGCCAGGCUGCCACGGUAGUCGCGGACGCAGCGAUCUGCCGUUUGCAAGAGGAAGUAAAGCGUUGGGAAAAAUGUAUUGCGACCUGGUUGAGGCCCUCGGGACCGCCACGUUCAGGCCCGAGGUGGUGCAAAGGUUGGUUGCGGUAGCGCCCGACCUCGCGAAGUUGCUGGCAGGCGAGGAGUUCACGAUCUUUGGCAAGAAGCGCAGAGAUGCAGCCUUCCACUAUGUAGCAGCGGGUGUCAGAAUUGACACGACAGGGCCUGGGACCAUCCAGGGAGCGCUGAAGGGGCCCAGGCUUCAGCUGCCCAAGUUCGGAGCCGAGAGGCGGGUGACGCGGAGGACGGGGAGAACAGCGCCACCCGCCCCAGUCCUCCCACCGCCCAAGCCCGCGGUGCUCAUGCAGCACAGCUGUCUGCAGGCGCCCCAGCCUACCCAGACGGACGGGUGGCGCCAGGCAACUGGUUCGGCACCUGGGAGCCCAUGAAGGUACCCACCCAGCAGCUUGCGCUGUACUUGUGGCUCGGUGGUGUUCGACGGUGAGCUUGUGCACGCAUGCGCUGCGCACGCCUGUGGUUCGGCAACUGAGCCCCGUACCUUGCAGACAAUGCGGGAGGCCAUGGUAGUCUAGGAGGCGGUCAAGCAACGCAUCGCUCAGGACAUUCCCGUGCAGAGGAGCUCCAGUUGCGAAGCUCAGGGCAACUACAAGUUCUUCGUGCGCAUGCGCCGCCUUUUGGAAGAGCAAACCUUACAGAAGGUACAUAUCCAAAAAGUGGAGGAGCAACUCCGACUGUGGAGCGUGAGAGCCAAAGAGAAGCAGUAUUUUGAUGCGCAGGCGACGCAUUUUGGACAGAACAGGCAUUCCUGGAAUCGGGCCUCCAGCUAACGCAGUAUCAUGUGAGCAGCAAUCGUGAUUUGAAGCAGAUGCGUCUGUUUUCACUCAUUAUGAAUUGACAUGUGCAGGGCAGAAGGUGCAGAUGAUAAUAGUAGCAUACAGCCACGGAAUCUGAAUGCUGCACUCCAGUUCCCAGCGCCCCUCUUGUCUCAUCUGUCCCCUCCCAUCUCAGGCUCCCCCUCCCCACCCCGCCUCCCA